AUGCCAUUUAUGAUGAUAUAAAAAGAGGCAUCAUUGUUUGCUUUGAUGACAAUCUUAUAAGUCUCGGUUUGCUAAUGGACUGGAAUAGUAGGUUAUUAUUGUGAGAAUGAAAUAUUCACAAAUUUAGUAAAUGUAGGAGGCUUUAGUGUUCCUUCAUAACCAAAAAUAGCAUAAAAUACAGAUUGUACGAAUCCACCUACUAGCUAUAUUAUUCUUUAUUCAUAAUAGCAAAUAUUAAAAAGUGAUGUUGAAAUAGAGUUUAUUUCUGGAGAUUAUAUAUCAAUGGAUUUAUUUUUUUAAAGUAAUUGGCAAAAUGGGAUUGUUAAUAUAAAAAUAGGAGGAUUUAAUUAUGAAUUCUAGUAUUCUUCACCUAAUUAAUAUCCAUUAUCAAAAGGAUUUUGUGAUAAUAUAUAAUAUGAUGUAAAAACUGUAAAAUUUGAAAUUACAUCAUCACAAAAGGAUUUAGUGGAAGUUAAUACAAACAUAAACAGUAAUGGAAAAGUUUCAAUAAGGAAUUUUUAUUUAUCAAGAUUAUUAUGUUAUCCCUUAUGUAAAACUUGCAAAGGUGCAGAAUAUGAUUAGUGUUCUAGCUGUUAUAAUGGAUCACCUACCAAUAAUAUUUGUUAACCAUGUCCAGAUAAUAAGUAUCUAAUGUAAAAUGAAUGCAAAACAACUUGUGAUUUUUAUUAUCGUUCAAAUUAUGAUAGAACAUGUAUAAAGUUUUAAUGUAAUAUUUUUUAAUAAUGAAAGCAAGCCCUAUUUCUUUUGAAUAGGAUUUUCCAAAUGAAGAGAGAUACUCUCUUAAAUUUCCACUUAUGAUUAAUGAUCCAGAAUUUGAUAAAGCAAAUUUUGGAUUAUUCCAUGGUAUAUUUACUAAAAAUACUGCCACUUAUCGAUUUGUUGAUUUAUCUUCAUAUUAAUAAGGAAUUUGCUUAAUAGGAAUAAGAUUGAGUAUAUCAUUUUAUAAUGAUAUUCCUGUAGGAGGAGGGAUAGAAUUUAAAAUUAAUAAUACUUAUUAUGGAUCAAUAUAAAAUACAAAUGAAGGCAAGAAAUUUCACAGAACCAAAUUAUAUCAAGAAGAUUAAUUUAUUUGCCCUAGUUUAUGGACUAAUUGUUAAAGUUCUACAAUAUUUUUGUUUGUUGAUAUUCCAAAAUAUUCUUUUGUGUUUACAGCUCUUGGAAAUUACAAGUAAAUAUUAAAUAGAUAAAUUCUUUUAGAACUUCAGAUUCAGGAUGGAGUAUAAGAGAAUUUGAGGUAUCUUCUGGAUAUUGUCAAUCUAAUUGUAAAUUUUGUGAGAUACCUUAUGUAUGUUAAAUUUGUAAUGACGCAUUAUACAUAUCAAGUGAAGGUAAUUGUGUUCCAUGUAAUGAAUCUUAUGAAACAAUAAACUCAAACUUUUGUGAUUCUUAUGAUUAGGAAACUCAAUGUAUUAAUAUGUAUUAACUAUUUAGAUUCAAAAUUUUUAAUAAAAAAUGAAUAUUUUAGUUAGAUUAAUGAUCCAUUAUAAACUUCUUAAUAUAUUUUAGUAUCAUAAAAAGGUGUAAAUUUUUUAAAAGGAUCAUCUAUCUUUUAUUCAUUAUGGAAAAGAAAGUAUAUUUUUGGAGGAUAAUUUGUUUGGAGUUAAGCAAAGUUUAAAAUAACUCAUGAAAUUAAAAAUCCGCAUCAUAGAGUAACAAUAGGGUUUUAUAUUUUAUAUGGUAAGAAUUUUCCAUCAGAUGGCAAAUUUAUUUACACUUUUGAAUAAAAUUAAGCCAUAAUAAAAUCUAGAGAAAGUGCAGAUAUAACUAAUGAUGAUGAAACAAAAUCAGAGAGAAUGAAAUUUAUAGAAAUCCAUUUUUCUAAUACAUUAACUUUGUAUUGGGAAUGUUCAGGUGAUAACAACAAUCCUUAAGAUGCAUAUUGUGGAAUAUAUGGAUAUAAUGUUGUAGUUCAUUAUUGCUAACCUAAUUGUUUAUAAUGUCUAAAUUAUAAUGCUUGUUAAUUGUGGGAUAACUCAGUUGAAUUAAAAUAUCGUACUGCUAAUGCAUGUUAAUCUAAAAAAUAUUAUAACAAGUAGGAGUAAAAAUGUUUAUCUUGUCCUGCAACUUGUCUUACUUGUACAUCUGCACAAAAUUGUUAGAGUUGUGUAUCAACAUAUAGUCUUAUGAGAUAAGGAUGUAGUUGUUUAAUGAAUUAGUAUGAAGCAAAUAAUUAAUGUUAUGAAUGUCCAAUCGGAUGUAAUCAAUGUCUAAGUGAUACACAUUGUUUAGAAUGUGUAAUUGAAAAUAAAAGAGUAUUAUAAAAUGGGUAAUGUGUAUGUUUAGAGGGUUAUUAUUCUGAAAUUUCUAAUCCAGUUUGUUAAAAAUGCAAAAGUCAAUUAACAUGCUAAUGUACUUCAGGUACAAGUUAUGAUUUAUCUUCAAAUUCUUGUACAGCAUGUCAUUCAACUUGUUUAACUUGUUUUAAUACAAAAAUAAAUGGUUGUUUAUCUUGUGAUCUAACAAAAAAUAGAAUAUUAAAAGGAUUAAAAUGUUCAUGUAAACCUGGAUACUAUGAAUAAAGUAAUAGUUGUUUAAGUAAGUUAUCAAAUAAACUUUAGGCUGUCCAACAACUAAAAAUUCAUCUCUAACACAAUGUUUUAAAUUAUGUUUAAAUAAUACUUUGAUUUGGCAUUCAGUAACUUGUGAAUCAUGUGAUCCUGGAUUUAAGCUUGUUCUUGGUGAAUGUAUGCCUGUAUGUGGAGAUUUCUAAAUAGUUGGAUAUGAAGAAUGUGAAGAUGGAAACAAUGAUUUAGAUGAUUUAUGCUUUAAUUGCUAAUAUUAAUGUCCUAAUGAUUGUCAAACUUGUACUUCAACAACUGUAUUACCAUGCUCAGGUACAUGUGGAGAUGGAAUAGUUAAUGGUAAGGAAGAAUGUGAUGAUGGAAAUAAUAUAGAAUUUGAUGGGUGUCACAAUUGUAAAUUUUAAUGUGCUUAAUCUUGUACAAAAUGUGUUAAAGGUAAAUGUCAAUAAUGUGUUACAAAACGAUUCAACAAUAGUUUUCUAAUGUCUUCUUAAAAUUGUUAAUUAUAAUGUGGAUAUGGAUAUUUAAUUGAAAGUGAUUAUUGUUUAAGUGAGACAUCUACUAAUGUUGAUGGAUGUUAAAUAUGUAGAUUCAAUUGUAGAAGUGAUUGUUCCAAUUGUGAUUAUAAAACAGCUACUUGUCUAGACUGUGAUCCUAUUGGAUUUAAACCUUAUUCCUCAUUCUGUAAAAAUAAUUGUGGAGAUGGACUUGCCGUAUAUGAUCAUAAUCUAUUUUAUUCUGAAUAUUGUGAUGAUGGAAAUAUUAUAGACAAUGACGGUUGUAGUGGUUAAUGUAAAUAUGAAUGCUAAGAUGGAAUUAUUUGUACUAGUUGCAUAAAUACUAGAUGUUAUGCUUGCGGAUCAGGCUUUUAUUUAUCUGAUAAUUAUGAUUGCUAAUCUAAAUGUGGAGAUGCCAUCAAAACUUAAUUUGAACAAUGUGAUAUUGAAUUACCAUAUAGAGGAUGUUAAGAUUGUCUACCAAAAUGCUAAAAUUCAUGUCUAGAUUGUAGUACUAUCGGUCUUGGUUGUUUAUAAUGUUAGACUGGUUAUUAAAAUAUAGAUAACAUGUGUUAUACUAUUUGUGGAGAUCAAUAUAUUACUCCAGAUGAAUAAUGUGAUGAUGGAAAUCUCAUAUUUGAAGAUGGAUGUCAUUUCUGUGAAAAUAUUUGUACUUUUGGUUGUUCCAUGUGUUAAUAUGGCAUUUGUUAUGAUUGUAAUGAAGGCUUUACUUAUUUUAAACAUAAAUGCAUUAAAAUUUAGGAUAACUAUAAAGAUCCAAGAUGUAACUCUUCAUGUUUAGAAUGUAGUAUUGAAGGACUUGGUUGUUUAGCUUGUAAAACUGGAUUUAAAAAAAUUGAUAAUGUUUGUUAUUCUAUAUGUGGUGAUAAAUUACGUAUUGCUGAUGAAUAGUGUGAUGAUGACAAUUUAAAAUUUGAAGAUGGAUGUCAUUAAUGUUAAAAAGGUUGUCCUAUAGGUUGUUCCAAUUGUUAAGAAGGUGUCUGUAUUGAUUGUCUAGAAGGCUUCUCUUAUUUUAAAAAUUAAUGCAUUAAAAUUCAUGAUAUCUAUAGAGAUCCUAGAUGUGAAUCUUCAUGUUUAGAAUGCAGUAUUGAAGGUUCUGGUUGCUUAGCUUGUUCAACUGGGUUUAAUAAAAUUGAUAACGUUUGUUAUUCUGUUUGUGGUGAUAGUCAACGUUAUGGUGAGGAAUAAUGUGACGAUGCAAAUUUUUAUUAUGAAGAUGGAUGUCAUUAAUGUCGUUUUGAAUGUCCCAUGUCAUGUUCAAAUUGUAAUUAAGGUGUUUGCUAUAAAUGUCACAAAGGAUUUUUAUAUUUUAAACAUCAAUGUUUUGAGUUUACUAAUGCACCUCUUGCAGAAAAUUCAAAUUUUAAAUUUACAAAUUUAAUCAUCGAUCAAUUUUUUAUUGAUAAACCUAGUUAAAUCAAUAGAAUUCAAGCAAAAAUUUUUGAAUUUCCAUAAUAAGAUUAUGAUUCUAUUGGUUAAUUUGUAGAAGGAAUGGAUUCUCUUUAUCCAAAUCUAACUAUGGAGGUUUAUCUUAAAUGCUUUAAGAAUAAGAAAUUAGAGGGUGAAAUAAAUAAUUUUAGAUAUAACAAGGGUUUUGAUCAACAAUCAACCAUAUUUAUUUAUCAAUGUCAUGAAACUUAUCCUCAUUUAAUCACAUAUUCUUUUAAAAUACACAAAAAAGUGUUGAAAGAUGAGAUUUUAAUAAUCACCAUUUUUGAAGAUUUUUUUGAAUUAUCUACCUUAGUUAGACAAUAUAAACAAAUUUUAUUAUAAAUCAAAUUUACAAAUAUUUGA